CGGACUUGCCGCGCACCGUUCCCGGUCUUAACAACAUGGCGGAAAACCAAUCUGUGUAGUUGUGUGUCAUUUUAGUUUCUUCGUGAUAAUGUAGUUUUGUUGCGUUCAAUUAAAAUGAGUUCCAGUGAAGCAAGUAACGAAGAAGUGGAGAGUGUUCUAGUAGAUACUUUAAUACCAGAGAAAUCUAAAGAUAAAUAUCUAAAUGUGUACGACAGUUUCAUCAAGUGGAAGGAUCAAAACAAUGAAAAAUCUUUCUCGGAGAAAGUGUUCUUAAAUUAUUUUAAUGAUAUAUCCAAAAAAGUAAAACCGAGCACUUUGUGGGCGGCAUAUUCAAUGUUGAAAAGCACAAUGCGUGCAAAACACAACAUUUAUUUGCAGGAAUAUGUUAAUCUUCUUUUGUGGCUGAAAAAACGUAGUGCUGGAUAUAAAAGCAGCCAGUCCAAAAUAUUGACCGAAGCCAAUAUAAGGAAAUUUUUAGAGGAUGCUCCAGACGCGAAGUAUUUAGCGACAAAGGUGGCGCUUAUCCUAGGUGUCUGCGGACAGCUACGCUCUUACGAAUUAACCUGGUUCAAAACAAACAACGUCAAAAUCGUCGACGGCCUAAUGAUUGGAGUAUUGUGUGAUGAACAAGACAAGACGGAAAGAAUCUUCAUCAUUCGAGACGAAUUCAUCCCUUGGGUGCAGAAAUAUCAGGCAUUGAGGCCUAAAGACGUAGAGACAGAUAGAUUGUUCUUGAAUCUAAGAGAUGGUCGUUGUACGAAACAAGUGAUUGGACGGCAUAAGAUAUGCACCUUGCCCAAAGAGAUCGCUACCUUUUUGAAGUUGCCGCACCCGGAACGUUUUACUGGACACUGUUUUCGGCGAUCGGCCAUAGGCGCAGUUAUAAGCAAUGUAGACAAGGGCAACAAAGGACAUCUUGUUAAUGCUACCCAGGGUGAGGUUUCAGAAGUGUUAGAGUUCGCAAGACGAUAUAGGAGAGGUUAUUCUGCUAAGAAAAAUGCAAUCGUUGAAGUUGAGGCUGCUUCUAGUGAGUGUAAUGUUGAGGUUGAAAAUAUGGAACUUGCGAAUAAAGUUAAAAUUAAAACCGAAACAAGAGAUGAAAAUACUACCGAUGAGGUUUAUGUUAAAGCUGAACCAUUUGAUGAAAUUUUCGAGGACCCUAUAAAUGCUGACAUGAUCGAUUGGGCAGUAUCCAAACCAUCUACUUCUGGUAGGUUUUCGCAAUUGUCUGAUGUUAUUAUGGAGGAUUCUGAUGAUUCAUUAGAUAUGGUGCGCAUUUUGAGCGAAGACGUGGACCGAUCGACCACAUUGCAAGCCCUUCGGGACGAGUCAUCGCAAGGAACAUCUAGCGAGAAAGAUACAAAAAUAACUGUCGCUGGUAAAAAUAUAACAAUUAUUUUUAAAAAUUGUACUAAUGUAGGCAAUGUAACUGUUAAUGUUAUUAAUAAAUAGAUAUGAAAUAUU